AUGCCUCACGCCAUUCUAAAACUGCUCGCGCAGCGUGUGGCGACCCCGGGCCUUCUUCAGUGUAGUCAGUUGGGAAUGGCGAUACACGCCCUUCGUCAGGUGGGGUUUUUAUCAGUGCGAAGCAACGCGUUGUUGAAGGUGAUCCUCACCUUGGCCCCGGAAACCGAUGCACGUUCGUUGGCUGCCAUUUUCCACGCGCUCGCGCUCUCCACGCGGGAGCAAUGCGAGCCCGCCGUCGCGAUUUCCCGAGAGCUCCAUCGGAGUUUGGUGUGUGUGCAGGAUAGCUUGACAGGGGUCACGCAUGACCUGACCGCGUCGGAUAACAUCCUCGCCACCGAGGCACUUCUCGAGCUCUUUGCCUUUGGUAGCGACGUGCUUCGACUUCGGCUACUGGAUGAAUUACUUGAAAGGACUCUAGGACUGGCCUACGUCGUCGAACGGCCCAUCGAUUUUAUCGGUAUUCUACGAGUAAUAAAGAGGCUGCACCAAGGACACACCAUAUCUGUUGUUUUGUACAAGGGUAAAAUCCUUAAUAUGGAUCACAGCACCGAUCUUGCUAAGAGAGAGGCGACAGAAAGUGGGGAGCUUGAACUUUUUGAGAAGCGCAUUCAGGAGUGGUCAGAAGAGGCCAUGACGCAAGUUUUGUCCGCUGUACAAGUGAGACUAAACACCUGGAGUAUGUAUGAUAUUAUUUCCAUCUUGGAUGCUUUAACCGUGCGGACUUUGUGUCCACUUCCGGAGUCUAGUUUCAAAAGAAAUGUCGCCAACACGUAUCAGCAGAGAACCACUCAACAUUUGAUGGAUGCCGCCUUACCGCUUCUACCGACCCUGAUCGAUAUAGCCCUGAAAGGCCUUGAUGAGAUGUCACCAUCGAAUUGCGUGGCGUGGGUGCAGCGGAUCGCAAUUCUACAGCUUUACCCCAACGCAUUUCCCCUGUUUAUUGCAAUUGUACGACGCUUUUUGAACCCGUAUGAGCAGGAUAAAAUGACCCAAUCUCAGGUUAGCUCUUUCGUUAUAACCUUAAAUCGAAUCCUGACCGAAAUAGGUGAGUCCGUGGGGAAUACUGAUGCCUCUGAUGUCACUUCGGCGACGCGCCCUAAACUGACUUCCUUGGCGCCACCCGUGAGCGCAUCGCGUAAGGUGGUUUUAUCCUCCGAAGAUCAGGAAGCUUGUGUGAGACUUUUUGUUCCCUUGUUCGCGGAUGUGGUAUUUCGGAUUCAACAACUCGCGCACGAUGACAGCCCCAACGCCGAACAGGCCAUGAAGACCGAGCUCUUGCCGUUGUUAUUACGGAUGUCCGAUGGUUUUUUUGGGUUUGUGGACUUCACAAACCCCAAAGAAGUCGCACAUUUGAAUUCUCUCAGUAGUUUUAUAAGGUUACUUCGGAAAUUUUGCACCACCAUGGAGAAGGCGUGUUCGCUGCUCUUACGUCAUUUCGCAUCACUGGCCCCGCGUGAUCAGGUCGACGUGGUGAUGACGGCUCUGCGUUGGAAUGUGUACUACGCCUCUUCCUCCUCUUUGGGCGUUCCUGAGGGCGAGACGGGAGGAGGUCAUCCCGAGUUCGAUAACUUUAUCACCAGUGAUGAUUCCAAGGGCGUCAUUAACGGUAGUAAUGGGGUUAAAUACACGGGGGCUCAGCUCAUGUGGAUGUUUCCCCCGCUUUCUCACGAGGUUGCAGAGCGCAAGCUGAAGGCUCUUUGUGGCCUCAUCAGGCAAAAUAUCCCACAAUACAACGCGAUGGACGUAAUUAAGAUUCUUAACGAGAUGGUUGUUUCCAUGGAGCUGCCUUCGAGCCUCAUCUCUGGGGAUGCCGGGAAGGGAACGCAGGUGCCGUUAAGCGCUCGUGAACAGAAUUUAUUCAAAGACGUCUAUUUGAUCUGUGAGACAUUACAGGACGCCCUAGUAGAUCCUAGAUUACGCAACGAAAUGGUGACUUUACCAACCUUUUCUUUAGUUCGUUACCUCAUGACUUUGUCUAAGCUGAGGGUUCGCAGGAAAAUCAUAUACUUAGAAGUUCUAAAUUUAUUAUCAGAACGCAAUUUAUUUCCCUUUGAACUGAUUACUGUGUUGGGAAUCAUGGGGCGGAAUCACUUAACUGUACCACAUAUUAUUUCAGCUUGUAUAAAACGUCUGGGUGAGCUUGGUGGUAUCCUCACACCAACACGAAAAGCGUUACUUUUGAAGUAUUUGGCCCAAACCAACGGUCAGAUAUUUGUACGUGCACCUGUUUUCGCUCCACUCGACGGUGGGUCCUUUUUUAAAUCGGUCUCUGAAAUAAACAAACUCACCUACUUCGAGUCACUUUUCACCUUCAACGGAUUGAUGGAACUUCAACAGUACGAAAACCAAACACUAAGGUGGCUUCUUGAUGGCCCUCUCACGGCUGGGCUUUCCGGGAAAGAAGAACCUGGCGAGGUGUCUAACCAACUUUUUCUAAACACCAUCACCCGCAUUCGGUCGUCAACAACUAUUGCGGAGUUUUUGAUUUCGCUCUGUCGUCUAGGGGGGCCGUCGGAGCAUGUUCCUUUGACAUUAGUAAUUUCCACAAUGGAGGUAUUCCGACGUCGGAUUGCCUCUUCACGAAGUUUAUUCCUCGAUUUGUCUCUUUUUUUGAGCUACUGGCCCAUUCUCUCGAAAUAUACGGCGCUUGUGGAGCGUGAUGCCACAAUUCACGACCCCCCGCUGCUCAGCGCAAGGGCCCAUGUUAACGAAUCCCCGAGCGAGCGCCUUUCUACUCAGCAAAGUUCCCAAAUUGACAAGGUGGGAGCGGCAUGGAAUGGGGUCCUGGAGACCGCUUCGCCACUAAUUAGAGAACGUCUGCUGAAUAUCUUGAAUUCGCCCCAGCUUCGCGUGAAUACGUUUUUAUUUUACCAAAUGGCGAUUGGGUGCUGUUUAGAUGCUAUGCCCACGGUGGACAGCAAUGCCGAGCGAGCCCUUGUUCAGCAUUUGGACCUAAGAACUAUGAUUGAACCGACCCAAAAUCCACAUCGACUUGUGGAUGGUCUCAUUCUUGUGUUGUAUUUUAUUCCACGAUACCCCGCCGAGACUCGGCGUAUUGUGGAGUUCCUACUUGAGCAUGUCCAAGCGCUGCGUGUGCAGGAUGCGCUUUCAAUGUGGAGCUUGCUGGAGGAUGCGUUUCGAAUGAACGCGCAUCUACGCACUAUUCAUGAGAAUUCUGAUGUUUCAGCCCAAACAUCAGCCACGGGGUUAACACAGGUAAGGGACAUACUCCAUCGCCUGCGUGAGAAAACCAAGAGGCAUGUACUGAAGGAACAAAACGUUAUAAAAUUGAGUCCAAUGGAGUCACGCUUAAUGCGAGAACUUCGGUAG